AUGGCUGAAGGCACUUCCAUAUCCACGACCCCGGUCGACGAAACACACGAGACAAACCCCCCUGCUUUCCACGCCAUUCGUCUAAAUGACGUCUCGGGGCUUACCGGCCGACCUACGCCUCUGCCUCGGAAACUCUUCCUCAAGCAGCGAUCUGAGCUCUUCAAUGGGGCUGGCGCUAAUAGACUAGCGGGGGGUGAGGGGGAAGAGGACGAUGAGGAUGAUGACGACGACGACGACGAUGAUGAUGUUGAAGACAUAUACCCAAAUGGCAACGGUUCCUAUGGCACGGUUGAGGAUGAUUUCGUAGCUGUUAAUCAUUCGGAUGCCUCGGAUUAUCCUUGGUAUAUGCGGUCGCGGGUACCGGCAAGGAGUUCAGAGCUAUCCAAGCUCCACCCAUAUGUGCAGUUACUCUCAGUCUCAGAUCUUGACGACUGUGAAAAGGUCGAGGCAGCAUUCCCUGAGUCCGAAAGAUGUUCGAGAGAAAACUUAAUGUACCGUCUUUCGAAAUGUCCUGAGCUUUCUCUUGGAAUCUUCUCCAUCCCACCAGCUACUGCGGACAACGAGAAACCAAGGCCGGCAGUCGUUGCUCACAUUCUCGCAACCAGAACAACGUCGCCCGUGGUUACGAAUGCGACAAUGGGGAUCCCAAAGGACUGGAGAACUAAACAGUCUACCCUACCAAGCGCAGGCGAUGAGGAGCCCAUCGGCCACCAGGACCAGGGUUCUACCAUAGCCAUCCACUCCCUUGCUGUUCUUCCUGAACACCAGGACAAGGGCCUCGGCAAAAUGCUGCUAAAGUCGUAUAUCCAGCGGAUCCAGGAUGCGAAAAUUGCUGAUCGAAUUGCCCUGCUUGCCCAUGAUCAUCUUCUUCCAUUUUACGUCGGCCUCGGAUUCGAGAAUGCUGGACGCAGUAAAUGCACUUUUGGCGGUGGUGGCUGGAAUGACUUGGUCUUCGAUCUCAACAAGACCAUCAACUAA